ACACGACGCGGCCCAAGCGCGAGUACGAGGUGGAUGGGCGCGAUUAUCACUUUGUGGCGUCGCGGGAGCGGAUGGAGAAAGACAUCCAGGGCCACAAGUUCAUCGAGGCCGGCCAGUACAACAGUCACCUGUACGGCACCAGCGUGCAGUCCGUGAGAGAGGUGGCUGAACAGGGCAAGCACUGCAUCCUGGACGUGUCGGCCAACGCCGUGCGGAGGCUGCAGGCGGCGCAGCUGCACCCGAUCGCCAUCUUCAUCCGGCCCAAAUCCCUGCAGAACGUGCUGGAGAUCUCCAAGCGCGUGAGCGAGGAGCAGGCGCGGAAAGCGUUCGACAGAGCCACCAAACUGGAGCAGGAGUUCACCGAGUGCUUCUCAGGUGAGACAGCGCACCUGGGGGCGUGGCCCAGGCGGUUUGUGAUUGGCGGGCGGGAUUUAUGA